GUCACUGGGACAAAACAUACACAAUAUAUCGGGACUUUUACUUUCGUACGAUAAACGAACUGAUUUUGUUUCCUCGUCGACACUUUCUGAAACAUCACGUAUCAUUUGGUUGCAGAACACCUAUCAUCCUGUAAAAUGGUCCCCCUGAAUCGAAAAGACGUCAUCAACCAGAGUCGAUACCUAUUGGCUUAUUACCUCCAUAGUCGUAUGGUAGAAGAUGGGAUUCCUAACCCUCCGAGCGUGGACGAUUUGCUGGAUUCCCAGUAUCCAUGUGUCUUCCCAGAUUACCGUGUCGUGCAUCCGUUUGUGGAGAGAGCUAAAGUGGUACAGACCGGACUGGAUGAAGACCGACAAGUUCAAAAGCUCCUAGAAGGAAUUCCCCAUGGCGCAGAAAGGGGGGUAAUUUGCAGUAUAUUGCGAUCAGUGUUCAGUGAUGAUAAGAUCAACUUGGGCAGAGUGACGGUCAUCUUCUGUUUGGCCUACACGAUGUCAGCCAGGGCCCAGUAUAACAAAGCUAAAAUCCGUGACAUCAUGGAUGCUGUGAUGGACUCCAUGAAGGAUGAUGUCACACAAUGGAUUAUUGACAACGGAGGCUGGGAUUCAGCUGCAGCGAUGCUCACUCCAACUAAGCUUCAUAAAGCAUUACAGGAUUACUUGAGCGACAGCAGGAAGCAGACGAUGUUUGUGCUUGGCGCGGGUGUUGUUUUGUUUGGAGUUCUGUAUUUCUGGAACAGAUUGCAAAAAUAGUCCUUCAGUGUGUUAUGUGUUUCGGAAGAAAUUAUGUUCGAUUGAUCUUAACGUAAAUUCAUUUCAAAACUGCAUUGUCCCAGAUUUGAAUGUCUUCAUAUGUCCAGAGCUUUCGUAAAGGUUUCAACUGUUUCCUUCUUGGAGAAUAAAUCAUUACUGAACCAAAUUAAAAACUUCACAAUCCUAAACUUUUAACAUUUUGACCAGUUAUCAUUUCGGGCCCUUAUUGUGUAUUUAAACAGUAAUGGCUACGUAUUGUCUUCAGA